GUGCUCCUGGCCGCAGCUGCGGUCCCAAGCGGGGGACGGGCCCUCAGCCUAGGUCAGCCCAGUUUGGGGGGCUGCGUCGCGCUCAUCCCCGCGGCACGUUAACUCGGGAGCCUAAUGGUGGCAGAGUGCCCGCUUCUCCGCCUUUGUUGCAGCCGAAUCUUUUAAGCGAGACAGUGAGACAAACAUCGUAGCUUCAUGUCUGCUCCUCCUUCCCCCCAGCUAAUCCCCGAUCUGGUGAAUAGAUGAGGCAUGUUCUGCCAUGGUGCUGCGAGAACUACUUCUACAAAUGCUUUAAUGGAACAGUUGCAUUUAAAAUACCAACAAAAACCAUGGACUGAAACUCUGAAACUUGUCCAUUUUUGCAUGGAUAAGCCACGGCCUGUCAGUAAUGCUCCAGAUGAUCCAUUGCGCUCUUGCAUGGAGAAGAUACAGAGGACAUUAAAUGCUAAAUCUUUGUUUUCUGUGAUGAACAGAUUGGAAUCUUUAUCCAAACAAAAAGGGCUUAAUGCUCAUGUUAGCCCCAGUGGGACUGUCUGCUAUAUAACGUCGAACAUGUUUUAUGUAGAAGUUCAGCUGGAGAAGGAUGGAAAGGUGGUGGAUGUAAAGUUGGCUCACCUUGGAGAAGCUCCUGUGGUUUGUGAUGACUUGGUGCAGCAUCUAAGGAUGAAGAACUACGAUGCCUUUGGAAAGAUUCUAGAAGACCUGUCAAAUCUGUAUCAAAUUCCAGGAAACAGUGAAAUGAAAGCUAAGGGAUACUUUGCUUUGCAGGCCCUUGAAAAAGAUCUUUAUUCAAUGUCUCUUCUAGACAGAACACAGGAUGUAAACAGAGUUACUGAAGUACUUCACGGAAAAGUAGGACACCUGGUGCCAAGAACUGGAGGAACUCCUAUGAACAUUGAAUUUUACAUUUCUCCCUAUCAAGUUUUGGAAGCAGAACUAAAUCCUGGUUCCCAGGUAUGUGGAAUAAAAACAGUUGUAACUAUUGAAGGCACAGAUACGCUCCACAAACUUCCUCUUUCUCCACUGCUUGUAGAUUCUAAAGCUGGAGAGGACAGCAACCCUGCUUUUUUGCCACUGACUGAUGAAUUCAGCAUGGAUUUGCCAGCUUUUUUUGUGCUGAAGUUUCACCAGCCUAUUCCUAUGUCCUCAUCCAGUAUUGAAGAGAUACAGAGGCUCACAGGAAUUCAGAUUACUGGCUUGAAACUAGCUCCUCUAUAUGAGCUGAUUGUUCAGUCUACUCUUAAAGAAAAAUGCAGUGAAGACUUGUCUACACAAAAAUCCUGUUUCUUUGUGUCUCUUCCAGAUUGCCCAAAGCACUGUUACUUCAUAAACAAGGGCUCAGAAAAAUCAGAUUUAGCAGGAGCCUUCAUCAGUAAGAUCCCAUUUAGCCAUCCGAAGUGUGUGCCUGGUGUAAUAGAGAUUCUUCGACAUCAAGUGGCAUAUAACAGCCUUAUUAGCACCUGUGUCUCUGAGAAGCAUAUAAAUGAAGAUGAUUCAGAACUGCUUUACUUUGAAGUGGUACCACACAAGAACACCAGCUUUUCUGUCUUUUUCCUUCAUCCUGUGAAAGAGAAUUUAGCCUGUGUGCUAAUUGAUGUUAUAACCUCCAGAGAAGUCCAAUGUCACCUUCAUUUAAAUCCUCAAGAUCCAACUCUAAAUUCUAGUGAUGACUUUAUAGCAAAAGCUGUGAAGCGGUAAGUAGUUUCAUUUUAUUUCCUAAGUUGGAAUGAACCUCAGAUGUCCAUUUAAUGGAAAUAUCAUGUGCAUUCAUAAUGCCAUAAACUCAGCAACCAGAAAACUUCACUCUAGUAAAAAGUUAUAAUAGUGAGAAUAAGUUACUUCAGUGUCUUAAGUAUCUCCUUCAAAAAUUUUAAGCAUUAAUAGGGAUGGAAAGUGUUUCUUUCUAGUAGAAAGCACAUGGGGUAGGAAAACACUUUUGAAUGAAGAGAGUUUCACGUUUUAUAAAGAUGCUUUUUUCCUUUGUAAAUAUGCUUUUCUGAAGACUCUAGCUGAUGACAGUCUCAUGACUGGUAUAACUUAGAAUAGCAUGGAAAGGACUCUUUCCACAUCUACCUAAUACAAAUCAGUGCUUCUUUUCAGAAAGUG